UGUGACGCCGCCCAGCACAGAGGUCAGGGCGGGUUGAGCGCUGCCUGCACCCGCUGAGAGAACAGUCACUCAGUAACGUGCGAAGGGCUCCAGAAGGAUCUAUACGUGCCUUUUGGAAUAUAAUAUUUUGUUUUUCUGAUCGUGUGAAUCUCUCUGAUCGGAUUCACUGACAUCUGUGGAUACGAGCAGUUCAUCUGACCCGCUGCUGAAACAGGAGGAGGUAAAGCUAUGAAUAAGCUACGGCAGAGUUUUCGGCGAAAGAAAGACGUGUAUGUGCCAGAAUCCAGCCGACCGCACCAGUGGCAGACAGAUGAGGAGGCCGUACGCGGGGGCAAAUGCAGCUUCACAGUCAAGUAUCUGGGACAUGUGGAGGUGGAGGAGUCUCGUGGCAUGCACAUCUGUGAAGAAGCCGUCAAGAGACUGAAGACGGACAGAAAGUUCUUCAAGGGCUUCUUUGCAAAAGCGGGGAAGAAAGCUGUGCGGGCCAUUCUCUGGGUGUCUGCGGAUGGCCUGAGGGUCGUAGAUGACAAGACAAAGGAUCUGAUUCUGGACCAGACAAUAGAGAAGGUGUCGUUCUGUGCUCCGGAUCGGAACUUUGAGCAUGCGUUCUCCUACAUCUGCAGGGACGGAACUACCCGCCGCUGGAUCUGCCACUGCUUUAUGGCCAUGAAAGACUCGGGGGAGCGUCUGAGCCAUGCGGUGGGCUGUGCAUUUGCUGCUUGUCUGGAGCGCAAACAGAAGCGGGAGAAAGAGUGUGGCGUCACGGCCACUUUUGACGCCAACCGUACCACCUUCACACGAGAGGGCUCCUUCCGCGUUACCACAGCAACAGAGCAGGCGGAGCGAGAGGAGGUCAUGCGGCAACUGCAGGAUGCCAAGAAAGCAGACUCGGAGGGUGUGUUGGGUGUCUCUUCUGUCACGAGUGUGUCUAACCCAGUGGUCACCCUCGCCGGACCCAACGGCUCGUCCUCUCCUCCUUUGCCUAUGGCCUCACUGGCCCUUCAGGAAGCCAAUCCUCACGUCAUCCCCCGACGCCACGCCCCUGUGGAGGCCCUCGCCCGCCAGGGUUCAUUCCGAGUUUUCCCGGCGCUAAGUCAGAAAACGUCACCCUUCAAACGGCAGAUGUCUCUGCGCAUGAACGAGCUGCCCUCCACCAUGCAGCGCAAGUCUGAUUUCCCCAUAAAAAACACAGUGCCGGAAGUGGAGGGUGAGGGUGACAGCAUCAGCUCUCUGUGCACUCAGAUCACAUCCACCUUCAGUGGACCCCCAGAAGACCCAUUCUCAUCCGCACCUAUGCCCAAACCUGCCUCCACACCGCAGUCACCCUCAGCGCCAGGUGUAGUUAAUGGUUCGGCUCAUGUCUUUCCGCCAGCCAGUGUCUCUGUAAUGGCUAUAGCUAACUCCCCCAUCCUACCGUCCCCGCUGCCUGUCCGAGAAACUAAUCCCUGGGUCAAGACCCCGAGCACAGUGUCAGCGAUAGCACAUACAGGAGGUGAGUGGACGAGUCCUGUAGUGGGAGCUGUACCUGCAGUCAGCACAGCUCUUUCUGCAACUGCUUCAUCUCACAAACGCACACCAUCAGAAGCAGACCGCUGGCUGGAGGAGGUGUCGAAGUGCGUGCGAGCCCCUCCACCAGCUGCCAGCAUUUUGAGGACAGAUAUGCCUCCUGCUCAACAGCCUUUCCCUGUGCCCAUGACCCCUGGCCCUACAGCACCCUUCAAUCCCUCCAUACCAUCUGCGGUUCCUUCCGUACCCCCACGCCAGCCGGCAUUCCACGCCCAGGCUCCGGCUUCCUUCCCGGUGUCCAAUGGUCUCCCGUUUGUCCAACCGAGCUUUCCGGUGGUCGGGAUCACACCUUCACAGAUGGUAGCCAAUGUUUUUGGUUCCGCCACACAAACUCAACCGAUCCCAGUGCCCGUUCCAGUAGCUCAGACCCAGAUUCAAUCUUCUCCUUUCUCAACCCCACCACUAACACAGUUUGACACCCAGGGCGUGUGUAGCCCCUUUGGCAAACCAUUCCUACCUCCUGUGUCCAAUGUCCCAGCACUGCCCAAAGGGGGUGCUGCUUUUAAUGGGACAAAUAGCUGGGCCGCAGUGUCGUCACCCGCACAAUCGAUGGCAGUGCAGCAACAGACCGAUGCAUUUGAAGCCCAGUGGGCCGCACUGGAGAGCCGCUCGCAGCAACGUACCGCCCCCUCUCCCACAAAUCCCUUCUCCAGUGAACUCCACAAGACGUUUGAGAUCCAGCUCUGAGGAAUCGCGGAGUGGCCAAGAGUCACCAACCGACACUGAAGGACAACGUGAUUAAUAUUAGUGGAGUGAAAACAAAAGGACAAAGGCCCCAUUCGACUCACAAACCACUUUAGCUCAGUUUCUCAAUCUCUCUGUUUGUUCAUUUUGUCUGAUUUUUGCUUGUCUCGGCACAUUUAUGUCCGAGAUGAAUUGGAGAGACAAGAUGAUGGUGCCACAUCUAAAAAAGAAAUCUGUAGAUGCUCUGACAUGAGCCCAUAUUGUUCAGUACCCCUACUAACUCGUCUCACAGCGCCCCCUAGCAGCAGGCUGGAUGACUGCUCCCUACCUGAAGGACGAGACUCUUAGGAAACCUUCCAGAUUCACAAGGUUCUUGUAGAACUUCACAAUCAGAAGAGGAAGAAGAAAGAGAAUGCCAAAAUCUUUAUUUUUAUGCAUUAAGUAUAUUUUAAAUAGCUUUGAGAAUUUAACAGAAGAGCUGUAAAUAAUCUUUCCAAAGGUGUGCAGGCUUAUAUUAUGUGCAUACAGGAAAAGAGCAUAUAUAUAUAUAUACACACACACACACACAUACAUAAAUAUAUAUAUAUAUAAAGCGUUAUGGGACAGUUUUAAUUUCUCAUCUUUUUUUUUUGUUUUUUGUCUACAGCAUCUUACUUGAUUUGGAUGUUUUGUAAAUAGAUAAUCAGUGUGGAUCCUGCAUGGGUUUUUGGGAACUUUUAAAUCACAUCAUUUCUACACAAUGCUAUCUGUCUUUCAUGCUGUCAUUUUAACCUUAUUUUUUUGUACUUUAGGACUCAUCAGUACUUUGACUUCUAUUGCCUACAUACUGUAUCAUUGUUUUAGCCAUUUUUUUAAGAAAUUUUAACACUAUUGACAGUGUCAUCUGUCAAGCCACUUAUGUUUUUUAUUUUAUUUCAUUUCGAUAAAAAUAUAUAAAUUCUUGUUAGCACAAGCACUGUACUAAAUGAUAAUUUGGCCACUUGCGGUUGAGAAGACAUCUGUCUGGUGAACAUUGUUGAGCUCUGAUGACCGCAGUGGUGAAAUUAUCGCUGGAUCCAAACUGAUUGCUUUAAAAGGAAAUCAGUUGCUUUUUUUAUUUAAAUAGAUUUUUUUCUGCUUAUAAUGCAAUGCUAUCAACCCAUUACAUUUUAUCAGAAGUGAAGAUGAUUUGUCCUGUUUUUAGGUUUUGAUUCCAUUUUGUAAAGAUUGCAUUGUAUUUUUCAGAUUCUUUACGGGGAAAUUGAAUCUAAAGAUUGAAUAAAAAUUUGGUGGUA